AUGAUCCCAUCGAAUUCAACCACCUCCAAUAACAACAACAACACCACCACGACGACCAAAAAACAAGAAAUACCCUUGUAUUGUUCCUCCAUUGAAAUUGGUGAUUUAGAUGAUGAAAUUACUCCCAUUUCCGAUUUGGGAAAUCACUCCUCUUUUCAUGAUUCGGAAGAUGAAAUGUCAGAUGAAGCAAUAAUGACAACAGUAGCAACAACACCACAAACCAUCUCAUGUAGAACCAAUGUUCCCGAAUAUGAAAUUAAUUUAGAUUUAUCAGCAAAUGAACGUUGGAAGAAAUUAAUUGAAGAUUAUAAAGAUAAAUUUCCAGCCUUGAUCAAGUUUUUAAAAGAUGAGAUGAAUGACGUUCUGGGAGGAGGCAUUUGGGCAACUUUUGCUAAAACAUUUCUGAACAUGCUCUUCAAUGUGUUCACCAACUCUGGAGCAGUGUAUUAUUCUCAAGAACUGAAGGCUGUUGCUGAACAAGCGAAUUUACCAUUGGGAUUGUUGGCAUUCAUGCAAUUGAGUUAUGAGCUGUUUGCUUGCUGCACGAGUAUUGUGAAGGAAAAUUGUGAUGGAUUUCCAAUUCAUGUAAGGACCAUGGAUUGGGCAAUGGACUUUUUGAAAGAUUACACAGUUCAACUUAAUUUCACACGAAAUGGAAAAACUCUGUUUAAAGCUUCUAGUUGGGCAGGAUACUUGGGAGUGUUAACAGGAUGUCGACCAAAUGGAUUUUCUGUUUCAAUCAAUUUUAGAAGCACUGAGGACGGUCACUUUGGAAAGAAUAUCAUCAAAACCAUUACAAGAGGAUGGCCCAUCAGUUUUCUUGUUCGAGAAACUUUACAAGAUUGUGAAACAUAUUCACAUGCAGUAGCCAUUUUGAAAAAUAGCAAAUUGAUUGCACCCGUCUAUAUUAUUGUUGCUGGAUGCAAGACCGGAGAAGGAACCAUCGUUACACGACAACGAGAAACCUACAGUUCUGAUAAUUAUCUCAUUUCACUCAAAGAUUUGCACGAGAAUACUGAAAUUUCAAAACAAUACUAUUUGAAAGAAGCAAACGCCAUGAUUCAAGCCAACUCUGAUUGGUGGAAAAGCUUGAAAGAAAUUAAGGAUGAGUGUAACAUUUUAUGGUCCAGUGAACGAUUGAAGAAGGCAUUCCAAUGUCUAAAGAAAAUGCCACAACAGUCCACCACCAUCGAUACUGUGACUGACAUGAUCUGCUCCAAGAAAAAUCACCCUCUUUUGAAUGAUAUUACUAUUUAUAUUACAGCCAUGAAUCCAAGUAAUGGAGAUUAUGCAACUAUUCUCGUUUAG